GAAAUCACCAGCAGGUCAUUUUGCUCAACAGAAACGAUGGCGGCCAACGGCGACGACGCUCCAGUUCACGUCCUGCUUUUCCCGUUUCCGAUGGGGAGCCACGCGGUGCCCAUGCUGGACCUCGCCCAGCUGUUACUCACCCGCGGCCUGAAGGUCACCGUUCUGGUCACCCCUCCCAACGUUCCUCUCGUCGAUUCCCUCCGCCAAUCUCACCCUCCUUCCUCCAUCGAAACUCUGGUUCUCCCCCCUCCAGAAGCUACUCCCAUUCCCAACCUGUUUCGCCCGGUCGCCUUCAUGAAUUCGCUCAGAAAACUCCACGAUCCGAUUCGCCAGUGGUUCCAGUCCCACCCCUCGCCUCCCGUCGCGAUCGUAUCUGAUUUCUUUCUCGGCUGGACCCAAUACCUCGCUGCCGAACUCGGCGUGCCGCGCGUCGUGUUCUGGACCGGCGGUGCGAUCGACGCUGCAUUGAUGAACUCCAUGUUCCGCGAUCUACCAAAGGUCGAUAACCCCAACGACGAGAACUCGAUUCUAUCGCUUCCGAACUUGCCGAAUUCCCCCACAUACGCCUGGUGGCAAGUUAGCCCAAUUUACCAGCAGUACAAGGAGGGAGAUCCAAAUUGGGAAAUCAAAAGAAACAGCAUGUUGGGGAACAUUCAGUGCUGGGGUGCUCUGAUCAACACAUUUGAAGAGCUUGAGAAAGUUUACAUAGAUCAUUUGAAGGGGGAGAUGGGCCAUGAUCGGGUCUGGCCGGUGGGGCCGUUAUUGCCCCCGGAGGAUGACAAGGCCGGCUCUGCCAAGCGUGGCGGCGCCAGCUCGGUACCGGUAGAAGUUCUGAUGAGCUGGCUGGACGAAAAGCGAGAGGAUUCGGUGGUUUAUGUCUGUUUCGGAAGCAGGUUCGUGCUCAGUGAUCAGCAAGUGGCAUCGCUUGCGGCGGCGCUGGAGAGCAGCGGCGUGGAUUUCAUUUGGGUCGUGAAGGAGGACGAGGUCCGAUCGAUGCCGGGAGGCUUUGAAGAUCUUGUGGCCGGGAGAGGAUUUGUGAUAAAGGGGUGGGCCCCACAGGUGCCAAUUCUUCGACACCGAGCCGUCGGCGCGUUCGUGACUCACUGCGGGUGGAACUCGACGAUGGAGGCGAUCACGGCCGGCGUGCUGUUGCUGACGUGGCCGCUUGGGGCGGACCAGUUCACGAAUGCUAAGCUGCUGGUGGACGAGCUUGGCGCGGCCGUUCGGUUCUCUGAAGUGGGGACUCGAGCCGUUCCCGACUCGGGGGAGAUGGCUAGGCUGCUGAAGGAGUCUGUGGGUGCGGAAAGGGCGGAGGAGAGAGGCAGAGUGAAGGAGCUGAGUAAGGCUGCGUCGGAGGCGCCGAAAGGAGGCAGCUCUAGCCGGAGCUUGGAUGGCUUCAUCCAGCGGCUCCGGGAGCUGAAGAAUGUGAAGUCAACUUAAGAGGGGAGUGGGUGUUUCAUUUCCAGUUUGGUUAGGAUUUUGGUCCACCACCAUUGUUUUGUUUCUUUGCAGUGUCCCAGUCUUUGCUAUUGCUAGUAGUAGAGUCGUCUUCAUUAGGUUUC